UCCCUCCCGCUCCCCUUUUUUUCUCUGCGAUCUUCGUUCGAUACCGUCCUUCACCGUCUCUUCCGUUGCCAUUUCCCUGCUUCUUCCACCGGCAGCGACAAUCGGCCUCUGCAUCUACAAAGUGAUCGUUCAUUACUAUCAUUUCUUCCUUUAAUCGCCUCAAUCCCUGCCAUUUUCUCUCUAAUUAAUCAUACUGUCGUGCGUGUUUAAUGCACUCUGUCGUGUUAGAACACUCGACUGCGAGCUGGAAAUUCUUUGCUGAUUGCGAAUCAGGGAAAGGUGAUUUGUCGCGCCGGAACCUGUUCUGAGAUCCCAUGGCUAGGACCAGAUCAUCUACGAGCAAAUGGAGGUAUUGUCACCCAUCGUAUUACCUGAAGAGACCGAAACGUUUGGCUUUUCUUUUCCUGGCAUUUGUUUGUGCCAGUUUACUAGUUUGGGACCGCCAGACUCUGCUCAAAGAACAUGAGGAAGAGAUUUUGAAGUUAAAUGCAGAGGUGGUACGAUUGAAAAGUAUGGUUGGAGAAGUUAACUAUAAGCCAGGGAACAAGGAGGAGGAUGUUGACGAUCCUAUUGAUGUUGAGCGCAGAGAGAAAGUCAAAGAAGCAAUGAUUCAUGCCUGGAGUUCCUAUGAGAAGUAUGCUUGGGGAAAAGAUGAACUGCAGCCACAAUCAAAAAAUGGUUUCAAUAGCUUUGGUGGUGUUGGAGCAACACUAAUAGACUCUCUCGAUACGUUGUAUAUCAUGGGUCUCGAUAAGCAAUUUCAAAAAGCUAAAGAGUGGGUUGCAAAUUCAUUGGAUUUCAACAAGAAUUAUGAUGCCAGUGUUUUUGAAACAACCAUAAGAGUUGUAGGUGGACUUCUCAGUGCAUAUGAUCUCUCCGGUGACAAAGUUUUUCUUGACAAGGCUAGAGAUAUGGCAGAUAGGCUACUUCCAGCAUGGGAUACCCCUUCAGGAAUCCCUUAUAACUUAAUAAAUUUGGUUGGUGGAAGACCUCAUAAUCCUUCAUGGAAUGGGGGUCUUAGUAUCCUUGCAGAUUCUGGUACAGAGCAGCUUGAGUUCAUUUCUCUAUCACAAAGGACGGGAGAUCCAAAAUAUCAGCAGAAGGUUGAGAAUGUUAUAUCACAGCUCAAUAAAAGUUUCCCCGAUGAUGGGCUGCUUCCCAUAUACAUUGAUCAAAAUGAAGGAAAAGCAUCAUCUUCAACCAUUACUUUUGGUGCCAUGGGUGACAGCUUUUAUGAAUACUUGCUCAAAGUAUGGAUACAUGGAAACAAAACUGCAGCUGUAAAACAUUACCGGGAAAUGUGGGAGAAGUCAAUGGAUGGCCUUUCAAGCUUGAUUAGGAGGUCUACACCGUCAUCUUUCACUUAUAUUUGUGAGAAGAGUGGAGAUUCCCUAAUUGACAAGAUGGAUGAACUAGCAUGCUUUGCUCCAGGAAUGAUAGCUUUGGGAUCAUCUGGUUAUGAUUCCGAGGAUUCUAAGAAGUAUUUAAUGCUUGCAGAAGAGCUUGCUUGGACUUGCUAUAACUUCUACCAGUCUACCCCUACGAAGUUGGCUGGGGAGAACUAUUUCUUCCAUCCCGGAGAGGAUAUGAGCGUCGGUACGUCUUGGAAUAUAUUGAGACCAGAGACUGUCGAAUCAUUAUUUUACCUCUGGCGCCUGACUGGCAACAAGACAUACAAAGAGUGGGGCUGGAAUAUAUUUCAAGCAUUCGAAAAGAAUUCUCGGGUUGAAUCAGGUUAUGUCGGGCUGCGAGACGUCAAGACAGGUGAUAAGGACAACAUGAUGCAGAGUUUCUUCCUUGCUGAGACACUGAAAUAUCUCUAUCUUCUCUUUUCACCACCUUCAGUCAUUCCUCUUGAUGAAUGGGUGUUCAACACAGAAGCUCACCCUCUACGAAUUGUAACUCGGAACGAGGGAGGUGACCUUGAAAGGUCAGACGAGAAAAGCAAGCCAUCGAUAAGGUUGCGUGGUAGGAAGGAAGGUCGAUCCAAAUGAACGUGCCGUUUUAUUGCACUCUAAUUCUUGGUAGAGUUGAUUUAUAGCUGAAAACAUCAAGCAUCCUAUAUUAUAGUGUCAUUGCGAUAAGAGGGCAGCUGUUGCUUCUGGGAAUAAUGCAGCUCCCAUAUGUUUAUCACAAUUUGCUUGUAAGAAACAAUACUUCAUAGAUAAAUCUUGAUAAGGGUUUUGUUUUUUGGCCUCCAAAGAUAUUUAUUUGUUUAACUUGCUUCAUCAUCCGUAGGUAAGCAAUGAUAUGAGAUUUUUGCAUAUUUGAACG